AUGGGAUCGAACGCACGCAGCCAACCUCAGGAACUGGACCACAUCAUUUCGCUGAGCGAACCCAAGCUGAUCAUCACGAACCGCGAUGCGCUUCCGACCGUCCUUGAUGCCUCCGCCAACAAUGGCAUGCUCCCAAGCCAGGUUAUUGUCCUAGACGAUCCUGCAGCAGAACAAAUCGCACAGCUUGUCGGAUCCGGCCCAGUCCCAUACCUUGAGAGUGGAGAUGAACACUGCCUGGAUUUCGCGCAUCUUCUUGGAUACGGUGAGAACGACUGGAUUAGGUUCGACAAUGAGAUGAUCGCAAAAUCGACGCCGGCUGCGUUGUUCUCCACCAGCGGCACUGGAGGGCUACCCAAGGCAGCUGUUUUGUCGCACCACGCAAUGGUAUCGCAGCAUCUAGCACUUGCGCAUGAUGUGCCCUACGAAGUCAGGCGAUUAAUGUCAUUGCCUAUGUUCCAUCUAUUUGGAGCACUUUGGUCACACAUUUUCCCGAUUCGCUAUGGGCAGCCGCUGUACAUCCUGCCCCGUUUCGAGAUCACCCAAUAUCUCACGUUGAUGUACCAGUACCAGAUUACGGAAACAUACAUGGUCCCCGCCAUGGUCCAUUCCUUCAAUCGCUGCAAAUUACCAGUCAGCGAUUACUUGUCGUCCCUCCGUUAUGUUGCCGUCGCUGGUGCGCCGAUUGAUGGGGCGUCAAUGCAGCAGUUCCGUGAACAUCUUGCUCUCGACGCCUAUGCGGCCCAGCUUUGGGGAAUGACCGAAGUAGGCAUCGCUUUCCAGAGCCGCUACAACGAGGUGACAAACGCAGCCAGUAUUGGCCGACUCCUCUCUGGGUACGAAGCCCGCCUUGUCGGCGCCGACGGGAACCUUGUCGCAAGCGACAACAAGCCAGGAGAGCUAUAUGUGCGCGGCUCGGGGUUACUCACAUGCUAUAAGCACCGAGAUGAGUCCAAAGAUGCACAGGGCUGGUUCCGCACUGGAGACGUAGCAUACGUAAAUAAUGGUCUCUACUACAUCGUCGGACGAACUAAAGAGCUGAUCAAAGUUCGCGGAUGGCAAGUCGCGCCCGCGGAAGUCGAAGCGGUUCUCCUCAAACACCCAGGCAUCGAAGAUGCAGCGGUCACCGGCGUGACCUCCAAAGACGGCAGCACCGAAGUCCCCCGUGCUUUCGUCGUGCGAUCCAGGACAUUUUCCGGCACGCGCCUUACCGCCGAGGAAGUCUAUCUCUUCUGCCGUCGCCAAUUGGCCUCCUACAAAGCGCUAGACGGGGGUAUUAUCUUUGUCGAGGAAAUCCCGCGCACGCCGAGCGGGAAGAUCCAGCGAUUCAAGCUCACCCAGAUGAACACGUAUCGGGAGAUCGUCAGCUCCCUGCUAGCAAGAUUUCGUGGAGCUAGCCUCCAGAGUGUUGGAAUCAUGCAUGGUGGUAGAAUUUCAGUUUGA